AUGGCGUUGCUUGGUGUUCUUCCGAGGGCUCCCCGCUGCUCAGGUGUGUGGAGUUUGUGGGUGUUGUUUUCAUUGAGUGGCUUGCUGCUGGGAUCCUUGCUGCUGCUCGGUGGUGCUGCUGCUGCAGCAGAACCAGCAGCAAGUGGCAGCCAUGCACGGGAGGCCUUUGAAAGUGAGCAAGACGGGGAUGAGCUCACAAUCUCCUCCGGAGGAACGCCAGGGGUGGAGCCUCUAAGCAGCCCUGCUGGACCCCCCCAAAGAGGCGGCGGGAUGCGUACAGGGUUCGUAUACUACGAUGAUGAUAGUGUAGACGAAGAGGAAGGCAGCGAAACAGACGAAGAUGUGGAUGACUUGGUUGGUGCUGAGCUGCAGGCGGAGCAGGAGAAGGCGGCCGAAGAUGCUGCUGGGGGGGAACAGGGCAGGCCUCAGCUGUCCAUGCAGGUGGUGUUGUGGUGUAUUUUGUCUGCUGCUGUCUAUUUGAUUAUGCGAGGGGCAUCUAGAGAGGAUGAGAAACAAAAGAGCCUUGAGGUUCAUAAGGUGUUGCUGGGUAAUACUGUAAAGAAGCUCGAAGCAGACAGAGCAGCAGCAGCAGCACUAGAGACCCACAUCCAGGCACUUACAGAAGAAAAAAUAACACGAGAAGAACAGGUUGCUGCUGCUGAGAAGAAGCUGCAGACUCUGGUACGAGAUCUCCAGGCAGCAGCAGCGGCAGGGGAAGAGGGGUUGCAGCAACAGCAAGAAAAAGAAGCGGAGGCCGCAGCAGCAACCAUUGGGCUCCCCACACUAGAGAAUACAUGCAGAGAAGCGAGCAGAGAGCUGCAGCUACUGCUGCUACACCUGGGUGAUGCAUCAUACACCGAAGAGGUGGCUCGACGCUCGCUGCAGCAGUUGCUGGCCGACAGGCAGCAGCUAGUGCAGGAGGAGAAACGUGACUCGCCUUCGGGACAGCGCAUUCCUAAGGAGGGAGACUUCCUUGGUGCACUCAGCUGGUUGGAAGCCACAGCAACAGAAUGGAACGUAUACGGUUCUCGCGGGGACACCAAAGGUGGCAGAGAACGACCUGCUGCUGCUUCUGGGGAGGGUGGUGAGGAGGCGCGGCUGCGCGGUCGCGUGGUUUCGCUUCUUGGUGCUGCUGGGCUGAUGCUGCAGCGAUGGCAGCAGCUGGAGGGUGAGGCAGUAGCUGCUAGAGCUGCGCUGCAGCAACAGGAGGAGAAGGUGCAUCAACAAGUAGCAGAGAGCAAGCAGAGAGCAGCAGCACUGCUGCAGGAGCUACGAGAUUGCAGCAACUGGGCGAAACUGUGGUCCGAGCGUGUACGGAGUUCCUUGGGUGAUGGAACAACUGCAGGCGAACGGUUUGCUGCUGUUACAGAGAGAGUAGCAACGACGCUGCAACACGUGGAGUUUGUAUUUUCACACCGUGGCUGCACGUUGCAGCAUCAAAAGGCCUCAGGCUCGCCGAAGUCUGCUGUUGCUGUUGCUGCUGCUACUGCUGCACCUGCCGUCGUUGCUGCUGCUGCCACCGCCGAAGGAUCAGUGCCUGAGGGUCCAGGGGAAGUUGCAGAGGAGGUCCUGGUGCAGUUACACAGCGCAUGCGGGGAUGUUGUGGAAGAAGCAGCAGCUUUUAAGACAGCUGCUUCUGAGUCCGAGGAGAAGCAGAAGAUUGUCGAAAAGGAGAAGCAAGACCUCCUCGAUCGCGCCAUGAGUAUUAUAGUUAAAAUCGGCGCCUUUAGAGAGCAACAAAUAGCUGCUGAAGCGGAGCAGCACAUCUCUAGCAUUACUGCUGCAGGUCUCUUAGAGAAACACAAACUCCUGCAGGCGCCGCUUGACCAGACCCGUGAGUGGUUUGCGAAUCUCCAGCAAACCCUCAACAAUAUCAGCAGCAGCAACAGCUUGAGGAGUGCUUGA